UCAUAGCGGUACGGUAUGACGAAUUUGGCAUGACUUCUGGCAAGACUUCAUUUGAAUAGGUAUAACGACACAUCUAAUUCUUAUGGUAAAGGAUUUACAUUUUAUAAAUGGUUGGUUAGUAGUAGCAUUGCCUUGUCCAUAAUUCCUCACUUCCUAUUCGUCGGUUAAGACGACACUCGACUAAAUUGGCCAUAUUGAUUAUAAAUCAGCAUUUUGAAGAUAUUCUGACAAAUCAAGCUUGCAUAAAUCCUAUUGCAAAUUGACAUGGAGUGUUCCUCCAGGGGGUAAAUAAAUAUAUCAAUGAAAAGUUACUCAGUAGCAGAAUCCAAACAAAAUGAGAACUAAGUCUACAUGUCAAAAUGGCCCAGUCAAUCCCCCAAACCGCAAAGCAGUGGAAUGUCGUCGGUCAAGAUGGCAUUGCUUCUCUCAAGCUGUCAGAGCAGCCUGUGCCUGAGCUUGGAGAUAGCCAAGUCCUAGUUAAACUCCACGGCGCCUCUCUCAACUACCGCGACCUAGUUGUCGCCCAAGGAACCUACCCCUGGGCCACCAUCCCAAACAUAAUCCCCGGCUCCGACGGCGCCGGCACCGUCCUCGCCAUCGGGAAACACGUAACGCGUUUCUCCCCCGGCGACAACGUCGUCACAGCCCUCAACCCCAAGCUCAUCGGCGGUUCAUUCACCAAAUCGCUAUCGGACUUCGGUCUCGGCGCCUCUCUCGACGGCACCUUCCGGUCCAUCGGCGCUUUCGACGAGCAGGGUCUCGUCCCCAUGCCUAAGGGUUUGAGCUUCACCGAAGCAGCGACGCUGAGCUGUGCGGGAGUGUCCGCGUGGAACGCGCUGUUCGGGCUGCCGGGACGCCCACUGAGUGCGGGGCAUUGGGUGCUGACGCAGGGCACGGGCGGGGUGAGUAUUUUCUGCGUGCAGUUUGCCAAGGCGGUUGGGGCGCGGGUUAUUGCGACGACGAGCUCGAAGGAGAAAGCGAAGUUGUUGGAGAAGCUAGGCGCGGAUCAUGUUAUCAAUUACAGAGAGACGCCGGACUGGGGGGUCCGGGCGAAGGAGUUGACGGGCGGUGUUGGGGUUGAUUUCGUGGUGGAGGUCGCGGGCCCGGUUACGAUGAAGCAGAGCGUGGAGAGUAUUGGGUAUGAUGGUGUUAUGGUUGUGAUGGGGUCCGUUGGGAGUGGUCCCGCGGAUAAGGAGAUGCCGGGCUUACUGGAUACUUGGAUGAAUCUGUUCACGGCCCGUGGGAUUUGGGCGGGCACGCGAUUGCAGUUGGAGGAUAUGGGACGCGCGAUUGAGGCUAACUUGGAGAAAUUGCGGCCUGUUGUUGACCCUAAGGUCUUCAAGCUGGAGCAGUUGAAGGAGGCGUACGAAUAUCUGUCUUCGGGUAAGCACCAGGGCAAUGUCUGUAUUGAGAUCUCUUGAAAUCAGAUAUGUGGGUAUAUUAGGA